AUGCAAUUCAAUUUCUAUGAUGAAUUAUUUGCAAUAGUGAUUGAUAAUGGAUCUGGUAAAAUUAAAGCUGGUUUUGCUGGUGAUGAUGAACCUCGAGUUAAUUUUCCUACGGUAGUUGGUCGUCGGCGUCAAGAAAAAUCUAUACAUGAAACGUGCCAAGGAAAUUCAUUUAUUGGAGAUAAAGCAAUUAAAAGUAAAGAAAUUUUAUCUAUUCGUUAUCCAAUUGAACAUGGUAUUAUUACUAAUUGGGAUGAUAUGGAAACAAUUUGGUAUCAUACAUUUUAUAAUGAACUGCAUACUGUACCAGAAGAACAUCCAAUUUUGAUUACUGAAGCAUCAUUCAAUCCAAUAGGAAACCGAGAAAAGAUGAUACAAAUUCUUUUCGAACAAUUUCACGCGCCAGCUACGUACGUCGCAAAUCAAGGUAUUCUUGCGUUUUAUAGUUUGGGUAGAACAUCCGGUGUAAUUCUUGAAAGUGGUGAUGGAGUUUCACAGACAAUGCCAAUCAAUGAAGGCUGUUCUAUACCAUGUGCAAUAAAUCGUCUUGAUCUAGCUGGGCGAGAUUUAACGAAUUUCAUGAUUCGACUUUUAGUUGAACGUGGUUAUUCGUUUACAUCAACAGCACAACAUGAAAUCGUUCGAGAUAUGAAAGAAAAGCUCGGUUAUGUUGCAAUAGAUUUUCAAGAUGAAUUAUCGAAAUCAUCGCAUUCAAAAGAUAUCGAAAAGAACUAUGAAUUACCAGAUGGUCAAAAAAUAAAGAUUGGUAACGAACGUUUUCAAUGCUCAGAAGCUCUUUUCACACCGUCAAUAAUUGGUCGGCGAGAAUCAGGUAUAGCUAACAUGGUUUAUGAUACAAUUAUGAAAUGUGAUAUUGACUUACGAUCAACAUUUUAUUGCAGUUGUCUUUUAUCCGGAGGAACAACUAUGUUUCCUGGAUUUUCGGAGCGAAUAAAAAAGGAACUGACAGUACUUGCUCCGUCAAAUACAAGAAUUCGUAUCGGUACUGCACCUAUACGAGAACUUAGCGUAUGGAUUGGUGGUUCAAUCCUUAGUUCAUUAUCAACAUUUCAAAAAAUGUGGAUUUCAAAAAAAGAAUAUGAUGAAUCGGGACCAUCGAUUGUACACCGAAAAUGUAUUUGA